ACAGGCCAUGGUGUAGAAAUCCAAAGCGACGUUAGCAGAACAUUUCCCUCCGUGUCUGUACUGUACUGAGCCCGCAGCAGCACCCAGAAGUGAACAAAGCGACCCGGAAGCGGUGGAGCGACUGGAGGCAGGCAGAAAGAACAUCAACCUUUUAUAUUAUAGCUGUACUCGCAAGACAAUAUCUGCAAUCAGGACACAAGAAUGGCAGAGCCUCGAUUUAACAACCCUUAUUUCUGGCCGCCACCUCCAUCCAUGCCAGGCCAGCUGGAUAACCUGGUGCUCAUUAACAAGAUCAAGGAGCAGCUAAUGGCUGAGAAGAUCCGGCCCCUGCACCUGCCGCCUACCUCCACCUCUUCCCAGCAGCCCUUGCUGGUGCCCACCUCAUCCUCAGAAAGUGCUCAGCAUGUUAUGUCGGUGACAAAGCCCCAGCCGCAACAGGUGCCAGGCCACCACUCGCAGCCGCAGGGCUCAGGACAGCCGGACAUUGCUCUGCACGCUCGCCCCGCCUCCAGCUCUGGACCAGAUGGAAAUAUGGACGACAAGUCAGCAGUCAAGGCCAAAGGCUUGUGGGAAGACUGGCACAUGAGACAGCUCAGCGAGCAACCGGGUCGGGUCAACCAUCGCUCAGGUCUGGCUCCUUCAUCUCGACCCGACAGCCACAGCACCUCAGAGGCUCUGACCCCCACGACUCCAACCAGCAGCAGCCAGAACCGCCUGGGCGGCGCCCCCUCUGUUAACAUAAUCUCGGGGCUAGCUAGCGGUCCUGGCAUGGAUCACAUGAAGGCUGGAGGCCUGGCAGGACUGUUGGGCCCCCCACCCAAGGCACCCCGGGGACGGAAGAAGAUCAAAGCUGAAAACACAUCUGGUCCUCUGCUGGUGGUGCCCUACCCCAUCCUAGCUGACCAAGGCUGUGUCACCGUUGCACCCAAAGAGGGCAAAACCUACAGAUGCAAAGUGUGCCCACUCACCUUCUUAACCAAGUCAGAGAUGCAGAUUCACUCCAAGUCGCACACGGAGGCCAAACCACACAAGUGUCCCCACUGCUCCAAGACGUUUGCCAACGCCUCCUACCUGUCCCAGCACCUGCGCAUUCACCUAGGGAUCAAACCCUACCACUGCUCCUACUGUGAGAAUUCGUUCCGUCAGCUGUCACACCUCCAGCAACACACCAGAAUCCACACCGGUGAUAGGCCUUAUAAAUGUGCUCACCCCGGAUGUGAAAAGGCUUUUACCCAACUGUCUAACCUCCAGUCUCACCAGAGGCAGCACAAUAAAGACAAGCCGUAUAAAUGUCCCAACUGCUACCGUGCCUACUCAGACUCCGCGUCAUUGCAGAUCCAUUUGUCAGCGCACGCCAUUAAAAACGCUAAGGCUUAUUGCUGUAGCAUGUGUGGCCGGGCAUACACCUCAGAGACCUACCUUAUGAAGCACAUGUCUAAACACACGGUGGUUGAACAUCUAGUGAGCCACCAGUCGCCCCAGAGGACCGAGUCCCCCAGCAUCCCCAUACGCAUCUCCCUUAUCUGAGCUUCCCAGUCGUUCAGCAGCAGGUCGGAUUCAGAGUCUAUGCUUGGCUGGAACGUAUGAGGCCCUGCACCCACGGCCAUCUACAUAAGGCUUACAUUAGCAUUAUGACAGCUGACAUAAGCAUUCAGUGCUAGAUUCAGUAAACAGACUGCCUCCAUUCGUCCUGGCACAGGCCGUCUGUCAAACAUGAGCACAGCAUUAUUUUGUGAAUGUAACAAUGCAGCUAGAUGUUAUAGGGAGGACUGAGUGGCAAACAAUGUCUUGCGUCAGAUAUAAUAAGCACUUUCGUAAGCGUCAUGUAAACUGCCGGAUGCAUUGGCCAUCAGAAAUGUUGUCUUUGUUUUUUUUUCCUCUUCCAUGAAAUGGGUUUCAAAAAUGUACCAGAUGAUAUUUGCCCUCAUAAAGAAUUGAGAAAUAGAAAAAUGUUUCCUGGGUGUAUUCUGGAAACAUCCAAAGAUAAUCUUAAAGCACUUUUAGGCCUUGUGGUUUUGGCUCAAAUUGUUUCAAUCUUGCUGGUUGGAAAAUGCCAGAGGGCAUUACUUGUGGCAGCUAAGAGUACUGACUGUAUUUUUUUUAAAAAGUCUUCUGUUACUUUGUUUUUACUCACAAUUUUUGUGCAAGUACACAUUUACAGGGUCGUCUUGAUUUGAGGAAAGGCAAUCGGUAGAUGACAAUUCAAACAUUUUAUGGUUGUAUUAAGAAGUAUUAUUGACUUGGGGUGACAAAACAUAAAGCAGCAUGGAAGGGAAGAAAGAUGAAUGUUUGUUUGUUUUUUUUUAUUUCCAAAACCUUUCACUCCAUUUUUGAGGUUCACCUUUACGGCACCUUUAUAAUCGUAACAUAUGAUCAGAGAGAUGCUGCAUUUUCAUGAUGUUUUCCCAACAUCCCAUUAACCAGUGCCAUAUAUAUGAAGCUUGGUGGGGUUUUAGGAGAAAGCAGACCUUGUAACUGUGUGUGUUUGCUUUCUCUGUUCAGUUAAGCUUUGCCUUUUUUUUCUCCUUAGUAUUAGAAGUAUGUUGCAGACGUUGAACACACUGCAUAUGUAUCAGUACUAGCUCUACUCAGCCCUACUUUUAAACACACUUCAGCAAAAAUUGCAUUUUUCUUGUGCUAAAUUUUAAAUGUAACCAUUGGACCAAAAUGUGAAGUUAUUGUACAGCUACUCUGACCCAGAUAAGAUUUUAUCUCUAAUAAGCUUUACCCAUUUGGACUACACUGCAGUAUAAAUCAUAUUCCAUAGGCCUAUAAUAUGAGUUCAUGUGGAGGUGAUGCUUCUCCUUUUAAUAUUUUUUCUCCUUAGUAUUCUGUUUUUUAUUGUACACAGUAUUUGUUGUUGUAUUUUUACUGUAACUUUAAACUCUGGAUGGUACUACUGAGGUACCCUGCAUUCUUCAGGGGACUUCAGAAGUGGUGGUACGGCUGGAUGUUACAUUUGAGAUGGAACUGAGAAUAAUGUAAAAUACAUAUACAGUAUAUAGUAUGUUUUCAAAUGACUAAAAACCUAUUACUCAAGCCACUGGCCUGAAAACAGACAUUUAUGCCAACAACAGACCCUGCCUCUUCAGACUUACUCUCUUUUGAGAUAAUGGUAAAAUGUACAUGUUGCUGUACUGUAAAACAUGUUACUCAUAUAUAGUACCUAUUUUUAAGUUUUCAUAAACAUGUUCUGUUUGGGUUUUGUAAAAGUUUAUGUAAGAACUUAAUGUAAUUAUUUUAGUCUACCCGUAUGUUAUUAAUAGUCAUGUUUUCUAUCAGUUAUUUACAUGUAAGCCUUAACUGUUUUAUCAUCCCAUUUCAUUACUCUGUAUUGUGUUCUACAGUAUUCAAAUGUUUAAACAUCUUUAUUUUCCUUCCGCAUGGAGUUCCUGAGCUGUAAUCUGUAUGAUAACUGUUUAACCCAUGUUCUCUAUGAAAAGAUAUUGUGUAGAUUUAUUACACUUUUUCCUGUCUUGCAUUGUGGUUUCAUAUACAGUUUCUAGAUGACUAAAUAUGCACAGCCAAGACUGAGAAGAUAAACUAAGGUUAUCAAUGUUUAAAAAAGGAAAAGGAAAAAAAAACUUUGUAUCUUUACCUUGUUUAAUAAACAGACUGUUACAAAUUCAUCAGAGACCGUUUGUUUCCUACUAAAAACCUAAAUGAGAUAGAGGGAGAAAUAAAAAAAAAAAAUCAAGUAUUGCUUUUGUUAUUUAAUCACUGGUAUUUAUGAAAAUAGUUUAUUUAAAAAUAUAUUUACAUGAAUAUAACAAAAGUCUCAGGUUCUUGUCAUUUACAUCUCAAUUUAGAUGUUCAGGCUUUUGUCAUUAGACAAAUUCACACAGCAGCAAGACAAAGCUUAACACUUCAUCAUUUCAGGCACAUUUAAGACAAGAAAAAGACUAGUUUUCACAGUGUACAACUGUUAAUGACACUGACACAAUAAUAAUGGUGUGAAAUAAUUAGUGUAGUGUAUUUAAUACCAUGUACAAAAUAUGCCUCUCUGCUGACAAGUCUUUGUGGCUGAAGUGCAAGUACUUCUGGUUGGCUUUUUGGAUGGUUUUUGUUUAGACUACAUGCAAAGCUCCACAUUGUAAAUACAGGAGUGGCUACAGCUGGCACGCUAUAGAACAUGUCUACAGCAUUCUCAAUGUUAUGCAUGAUAUCAGUAUGACUUUGUAAAAAAUUCUUUAAAGAUUCUGACAUAGUAAUGCAACACUUAGGCAUUUUUUCAUAGAAAACUGCAAAGAUUAAACUGAACUGGAGAAAAAUACGUACCACUGAUGUUCCACUGUUGCAUUCUAAUGCAAAAUUUUCCCAAAUGUAAACACAAGUAAAACUUCUUAUAAAGUGCUCAAUUUAAGCUGGUCUCAAUCAGAUCUCCCAGUCAAAUGUGUUUUUGACGUUCACUGCGCUAGGUUGAAGUACACCAUCUUAUAGUGCAACCUUACAUUAAAAAACUUGUAAUAAUCUUUCCCAUAACAAACACACAGCUUUUAAGCAUUCUGAUUUGUUUUGGUGUGCUGAUGUAAACAGCUGACCAACUCCCCAGGCAAGUGCACACCUAUGUGCGCAAAAAGAACAACUGUGAUAACUACAUUCCCAGUCAAAAUCCUCCAUUAUAUCCUGUUCCCAUCAUAAAAUAUAUGAUUGACACUUGUAGAAGGUUUUUCACUUACGGUUUGAACUUGGAUCAAAACACAGUACUGGCAA